AUGCAGCCACAAUAAUUCUUGGAUUUGGUUUAAUGUGCAUUCUUCGAGAGCAAUACACAAAGAAGUUAGGCAGAAUAAGUACUACUCAAGUACAAGGAUGAAUGUCCUGAUGAAUUCAUGGUCUAUUGUGCCUAAGCAUUCUCUAAUCGCGGCAUUUAGAAUCGCAUUAGAAUAGCUUGCAGUACUUUGGUAAAACGACUAGUGGGAUUGAUUCAUCCUCCAUCUAAUUAAAUUACUUGGUUGGCCUGUUCUUAACAAACUAAGAAUGAUGUGAAAAUGAAGUUCAUGGAAUAGUUGAUUGACCCUGAAAAUGAAAUUAGAAGAUCUGCAGCCAAUACUAUAAGUGAAAUAUGUGCCAUAGAAUUACCAAGACAAGAAUGGCCAGAUCUAAUUGAACGAUUGACAACAAACUCAAAGCACACUGAUAUCUUGAUUAAGGUGUCAGCCAUCAUGACAUUAGGUUACAUUUGCGAAGCAUUAAAAACUCAUCAAUCUUCAGGUAUCUCUAAGAAAGACUCGGAAGUCAUAUUAAUGGGAAUUUGUGUAGGAAUGGAUUUGAAUGAGUAGACUUUAGAAAUUAGAUUGACUGCAAUAAAAGCCUUACAGGAUUCAUUAUAUUUUAUGAACAACUUGUUUAAAUAAUAAGAAAUCUUUUCUUUCGUGAAGAAUUUGAUAUUGUCCAAUGCUGUAUGCAACAUUCAGGAGAUUAAACACAAAGCACUUUAAUGUUUGAUUGAUUUUGUUAAGCAACUCUUCACAUAUUUACCUGUCUACAUAAAUGAAUUAUUUUAAGCAACUUAGGCUUCAUUUGAAAAUCAAGGAGAAAUUUCAAUAGCAGCAAUUGAAAUCUGGAAUACUAUUUGUGCAGAAAUGAAAGAAGAAAUCAUGUAGAAUGGCAAUCAAUCGACACCUGAAAGUAAUGCAGUAGAUUGUUGUGUAUAAUUUUUUAAGAACAAUUAUGAAGGAUUCUUACUGCCAUUCAUGAGAAACCUCUUAUUGGAUUGUGGAGAUGUGGAUGAUGAAUAUCAAGGAUUGUCAGUCCCUGAUUCAUCUUGCAAAGGAUUAGCAUUUAUAAUUGAUUUUGCUGGAGUCAAAACCUACGAAUUAGUCAAAAACUUCAUUUAAAACACUCUCUCACACUAGCAAUGGGAAUACAGAAAAGCCAGCGUUAUGGCAUUUGGUGCUUUGGCUGAAGUUCAAACCAAAGAAAUAGAAAUGCUCAUUAAAUCUGCUCUGAGUAAUCUCUUCUCUUGUUUGGUUGAUCAGAAUUUCAAAGUCAAGAAGGCCACAGCUCAAACCUUGAGUAGAGUGGCUGAAAAUUACCCAUAAUGCUUCCAUGAACAUGAUUAAGCUAACCACAUGUUGGCAACCUUAUUGGAUUAAUUGAAUAACAAAAUACCGAUUGUUUAACAUCUGAUAUGGGUCUUUGUUUACCUCACAGAACAACUACAACUCUUUUCCAUGAGUAUAUUUAACAGAGAGAAAUUUAACAUAUUGUAACAUUUGGCAAGCACAUCAGUAAGAGCAGAUAUCAAGAAUUCAGAAAUAGCAAUAAUUGACACAGCUUUCAUGGCUAUUCUCAAUAUUAUCUAUAGUAUCACUGAUACAAAAUCAUGCAAUGAUUACUUGAUUGAAUUCUUUUAAUAAAUCUAACGAUUAGAGAGUGGUACAUAAGUACCUGUUGAAAUUAAAUUUCAUUUAGAGAUGGGAUUGAUGAGUGCCAUGCAUGGUUGUGUAGUGAGAUUGGAUGACUCAACAACUCCAGAAUCUGUAUUUGAAUCAAUCAUGAAAACUCUAUCAAAUGUAGACUCGAGAGUUAAGAAUGACUAUUUUUAUGUACUCUCAGGAAUAGCAUAUGCUUUUAAAAAGAAAUUAUCCAAAUAUUCGUCUUAAUUAAUAGCGGAACUAAAUAAACCCCUUUCUGAACCAGAUGACAUGGAGAGCUUUAAGACAGCAUUGUUCUGUUUAGCAGAUAUUGCAAGAGCUAUGGAAGAAGAGUUUGUGCCUUAUAUGAAGAUUUUAAAUUAUUUCUUUGGCUUGAUUUAGAAUCCCAAUUUUAAUAGAGAAUUAAAAUUAUAAGUGUAUAAUGCCAUUGCAGACAUAAUUUUAGGAUUGAAGGAUAAGUCUUUCCAAUUUUUAGGUGAUCUGAAAGAGAUUCUCAAACUAGGAUUUGCUGCGAGUAUGGAUUUGACUAAGAGUUAAUAGAAUGUGGAUUAAGAUUAUGCAGAGAGAUUAAAAGAGACGAUGACUUCAUUCUAUACUUGUAUUUUACACGCUUAUUGUGAACCUAAUGUGCCUAACUUUGAUUUGAGAGACACAGUAGAUUGGUUCAUAAUAUUUUGUACUGAUAUGUGCAAUCUAAAACUAAAACCCACAAUUGAAUAUGUUAGAUUGACUUUGUGUUGUAUAUUUGAUUGUUCGCAUUUCUUUUAGACAGUGCCAGAGAUGAAAAUAAAGUUGAAAGACUUCAUUACAAGUGAUUUUGUGAUUGAAUUGAUCAGGAAGAUGAGUCAAUACAAUGACAAAGAUUAUCAGGAAUGUGUUUCAUUUGCCAAAUAGUUACUAAAUGACGUUUAUGGAUUUUAAUUGAAAUUGUAUUGAAUUAAAUUAAUUUGAAUAUUAAUGGGUAA